AUGUUCUUCGAGGAACCCGUCGUUGAAAAAUCACAGUUUUUUUGCCCAGAUAUCCCAUUCAACCAACACCUGCUAAGCGAAGAUUCUACUAAUCCAGCCAUUUUUGCUCCCUGUCCAUCUUUUACUCCCUCUCAGCUUCUUGAACAAAGCUUAAACUUUCCCCAGCUCCAAGUCUUCCCUUACCCCCAGCAGCAGCAGCAACAAGUCGUUGUCGACGUGCUUUACAAGGCGGCUGAGCUCGUCGAGGCAGGGAACUUCGUUGGUGCUCAUGUGAUAUUGGCACGGCUCAAUCACCAUCUCCCCUCCCCAAUUGGUAAACCCCUCUUUCGCUCUGCUUUCUACUUCAAGGAGGCUCUACAAUUCUUUGUCAACUCUGUGAAUCCACAGGCAGCAACCUUUUCUCCAUUAGAUGCAGUUAUUAAGCUCAGUGCCUACAAGGCCUUCUCCGAGGUUUCGCCAAUCCCCCAAUUCACCUGCUUCACAGCCACUCAAGCUCUUCUUGAGGAGCUCGGAACCGCCAACUGCAUUCACAUAAUUGACUUUGACAUUAGCUUCGGCGGACAAUGGUCCUCUUUCUUGCAGGAGCUAGCUCAGCGGCGAUCUCCGAGGAUCCUGCUGCUCAAAAUUACCGCCUUAGUGUCCCCCUCUGCCUUCCACCCUCUCGAACUUCAUCUCACCAGAGAAAAUCUCUGUCGUUUUGCAGCAGACCUCAACAUUCCAUUCGAAAUCAGGUUCACAAACAUUGAAGCCUUUGAUCCAGCUGAGAUCCUCGCCCUCUCUGCUGGCACCAAUGAGUCCAUUGCUGUAAACCUCCCGGUAGAUGCUUGGCAAGGUCCUUCCUUUCCAACUCUUCUUCGUCUUGUGAAGCAGUUGCUGCCCAAAAUUGUCAUUUCUGUCGAUCAUGGAUUUGGUCGGAAUGACUUGCCCUUCUCCCAUCACUUCCUCCAUGCAUUGCAGUCCUGUGCGAUUUUCCUUGAUUCCAUUGAUGCAGCUGGUAUCGAUCUUGAUGUGGUCAACAAGAUAGAGAAGUUUGUUCUGCAACCUAAGAUUGAGAAUUGCAUAAAUCGACAUCAUUGUGCCGCUGAAAAGAUCCUUCCUUGGCCAACACAGUUUGAAUCAGCUGGCUUCAAGCCAGUGCAGUUCAGCAGCUUCACGGAGAUGCAGGCAGAAUGCCUCUUAAAGAGAUUACAAGUCAAAGGAUUCCAUGUGGAGAAGCGCCAGGCUUCGCUUUACUUGCAUUGGAAAAGAGGGGAAUUAGCUUCAGUUUCGGUUUGGAAGUCCUGA